AUGGCAACUACUCGGACAAUAUCACAAUUCGCCGAAGGUAUACCACCUAAAACGACAGACAAGAUAGUUUAUGUAUGCGGAGCAUUCGAUCUAUUUCACGUUGGUCAUCUAUCAUUCUUGGAACAAGCAGCGAAACUUGGCGACUACUUAAUUGUUGGCAUCUUCAGUGACCAAGUAAUGUCUUUUUUGAGUUUAUGGAUACACUCACCGGUCAACGAGGUCAUAAUUGGUGUUCCCUGUUGCGUAUCUGAUGACAUCAUUGAGCAAUUUAACAUAUCGAAUUCUAUUUUACGUUUAGGGAUCUAUCGUGAAGUGGAUUCAGGCAGCGAUAUGACAACGGAAAAAAUCAUUAAGCGGAUAAUCGCUCACAGGUAA